AUGACCGAGCGCCGGGAGCCGCGUCCCGCCGCCCGGCUGGACGAGGAGCUGCAGGCCUUGGGGUGGUAUCAUGAUAAUCUUACCCGACACGCAGCAGAAGCUCUGCUUCUUUCCAACGGGCAGGAUGGAAGCUAUCUCUUGAGGAAGAGUAAUGAAAGGGAAGGUUUGUAUUCCCUCUCUGUAAGGGGAAAAGAUUCUGUGAAACACUUCCAUGUUGAACACACAGGAAGUUCAUUCAAAUUCGGAUUUAACGAAUUUUCUAGCUUGAAGGAAUUAGUCAUGCACUUUGCAAAUCAGCCUUUAAUUGGAAGUGAAACAGGAACCUUAAUUGUAUUGAAGCAUCCCUAUCCAUGCAAAGUGGAAGAACCAUCCAUUUAUGAGUCUGUCCGAGUUCACACAGCAAUGCAGACGGGAAGGACAGAGAGUGAUCUUGUUCCAAGUGCUCCCUCACUUGGUACGAAAGAGGGAUAUUUGGUAAAACAAGGCAAAAUAGUCAAGAACUGGAAGACAAGGUGGUUUACAUUGCAUAGGAACGAACUUAAAUAUUUCAAAGACCAGACAGCUACAGAACCAAUUCGGGCACUUGACUUAACUGAAUGCUCGGCUGUGCAAUUUGACUAUUCCCAAGAAAGAGUCAAUUGUUUCUGCUUAGUGUUCCCACUAAGGACAUACUACCUAUGCGCAAAAACUGGAAUAGAAGCGGACGAGUGGAUUAAAAUACUGCGAUGGAAACUGUCACAAAUACGGAAGCAACUGGAGCAGCGUAACUCCGCCCUCAAUUCCUAG